CUCGGAUCUCCCCAAAACCCACAAUUUCACAUCUGCAAACACUGUCUUCAUCCACUUGACUCCCAAGACCCGCCCACACGUGGCCAACCUUUUGCGUUUUUAAUGUUUUUUCACUGCAGGUUCAUGUGUUGAGACCAACCUUAUAUGGACUGAACAUCCCGGUAAUGGCUUAUUUCGCCCUAGCACCCAGCGGUAGCACAAUAUCCAUGAACCAGAUAUAGCACUUCAGCCACUUUGGCAUUCUUCCUGGACUUACUGAACUGAUUCCUUCGCUACCGUUACUUUGUCAGGCAAUGGUUAUCGACUGAGACUCAUGAUUUGCCUUGUCUUCUGUAGCUCAGCGUUUGUGCGACACUGAUCUUUUUUUAUCAAAUAUCGACUGUGUGCGUGUCUGUUUCUCUGUUUUAAAACAGCGGAUUUCCAAACUGGUGCACAAAGUUUCCCGAAUAAUUUCUCCCAGACUAUGUCGUUGACCAACACAAAGACGGGCUUUUCUGUAAAGGACAUUUUGGACCUCCCUGACACGAACGAUGAAGAAGGAUCUAUCACUGGAGCGGAGGACGACACAGAGGGAUCUGAACCUACAAAAACGACUGGAGUUUUGGUGCAAAGUCCACUUGAAGGUGUUCCGAAUCUGCCUUUAAAGAACCCCUUUUAUGACAAUAGUGACAAUCCUUACACAAGAUGGCUUGCCACCACAGACAGCAUCCAGUAUUCAUUGCACGGUCUAUCCGCUAACUCACAAGACUCAUCAGCCAAAUCGCCAGAGCCUUCCGCGGAUGAAUCACCAGACAACGACAAGGAAACUUCAAGCAACGGCAGCGACUCCGGUAAGAAACGCAAGAGGAGAGUGCUGUUCUCCAAGGCGCAGACUUACGAACUCGAACGUCGCUUUAGGCAACAGAGAUACCUUUCGGCACCCGAGAGAGAACAUCUCGCUAGCUUGAUUCGCCUGACACCAACGCAAGUGAAAAUAUGGUUCCAGAACCACCGAUACAAAAUGAAGAGGGCUCGCGCUGAGAAAGGUAUGGAAGUGUCCCAUCUCCCCUCGCCACGACGGGUGGCCGUCCCUGUCUUAGUCAGGGAUGGUAAGCCCUGCCACACACUAAAAGCUCAGGACUUGGCGGCCACUUUUCAGGCUGGAAUACCCUUCUCCGCAUAUAGCGCCCAGUCCCUCCAGCACUUGCAAUAUAACGCCCAUUACAGCGCCACACCACAGUUCCCUUCGGCACAUCACUUGGUACAAACGCAACAGUGGACUUGGUGAAUCAGACUGAGAGGAUGAGCUUUAUUUUGGGACUGAGAUUUGAGUUUCAAAAACAAAACAAAAGGAAAAGACUUUUUUUCUGCGGCUUGACCCAUAUCAACCGUUACAUUUCGGGGCUGACGUGUGCGUCAUGUUUACAUUUUUUCCGUUCAGCAAACCGGGUCCAGCCUCUCCUUAGAUCUAAGAAUGUCAAUGCUCUUGUGAAAUUUUGUAAAGUAUGUUUGUGUGUUGUAGAAAUGUUUUGUCCUUCGUGUCCCCAGCACGUAUAAAACCACUUUAUAAUUACAGAAAAUUUUAUUUCGUGCUUUUACAAUGGACCGAAAAUAUUUAUGGCCAAGAAUAAAUACUGGCAACUUUUAGCCAAUUACUUUGGUUUCUGUUCCUUGUAAAUAUUUUUGUGGCAAUUGUUUGCAAUAGUUACAUUUCAGGGCGUGUAGCUGGAGACAAAUGGAAUAUUCAAAAUAUUAUUGAGCGUUAAAAGGUAAAACAAAUGUCAAAGCUGUCAAUAUUGACCCAUCGAAUUGUGUGAAUAGUAAUUAAAACGCGCGCUGAUUGCGAGAAACCGAACAUUUUUAUAAGGAUUUUAAUAAAAAAUUGUGUUCUAGAAUAUAUGCUUUGUUUUGCGUGUGUUAAACAUCAAGUUUUGAAUAACUCAUAUAUUCAUAUGCCUACUCCUUUCAGUGAGUUUCCUUUGAAACCGCAGCAAAAUAUAAAAACCUUCCGAUAUCAGGCCUUGCACAUAACUUUCCCGAAAGAAACCGAUAUCAUCGUCUUUAUUUUGUAUGUAUUUUUAAUCGGUCUGGAUUUUCUAAAUUUAUCUAUGCGAACACUUCAGAAAUAAGAAGGCUAAAGUCACUUUUGUGAAUUGGGGAUAAAAUCCACUCAAUGUAAGAGGGCUUCUUCAGUCAGGAAGCUUUUCAUUCAUGGCCUCUCCUUUUCAUGGUCCUCGGGUGCUCGAGACACAACGGUGUUGAAAUGGCACAUUAAAAAAGCAAAGCAAAAAUAACAAAAUCAUCUAUGAGUGCUAUGCUAUGAAUAAGGAUUUAAAACUUAUUUAAAGGAGAAUGUAAAUACAUCACGGGUCGUUAUGUUAUAUAACGGAGACUCCUUUUGCCUUUUUAAUGAACAGAAAAUAACUUCUAGCUCUAUGAAACAUGAUCGGACUCAAUUUA